AUGAUGAUAGAAAACUCAACUGGUAAAGGUUAUUACAACGAAGCAACAAAGGAAGAUGAUGAAAAUGGAGCAACGAACAUGGAGAAAUUCUCCAACAAAGCAGUAGCUACAUCAAGACAAUGGACAUCGUUAAGAAAUCCAAGAAUUGUGAGAGUGUCACGUUCUUUAGGGGGAAAAGACCGACACAGCAAAGUGUGUACAAUCAAAGGAUUAAGAGACAGGCGUAUUAGGCUGUCUGUACCAACCGCAAUUCAGUUAUAUGAUCUUCAAGACAGGCUUGGUUUAAGCCAACCUAGUAAAGUUGUUGAUUGGUUACUUGAAGCAACUCAAUCUGAUAUUGAUAAGUUACCACCUCUUGAUUUUAGUACUCAACAACAAACCCUAAGGUAUUUGCAGAAUCCUCAAGAAUCAAAUUUUUCUCUUGGAAGUGGUUUUUAUGAUCAUCAUCAAAUUAAAGGUAAAGAACCUGAAAAUUCUGCAGAAAAGGGUAAUUAUUAUAGCUCAGUUUGUUCUAAUUAUUCAUCCACUGGUUUUCCUUUUCCAUAUAAUAACAACUUGGAUCCUUCGAGUACUCUAUCGUUAUCACAAUUCGGAAGCUUUCAUGGUAAUUUAUUUCACCAAAACAGCAAUGGAAGUGCUAUGCAAUUUUCAUCUUCUAAUUUGACAGGACCUAAUUCAGCAGGUAAUUCACAGUUACUUUUUUGUCCUCCUUCUGUUAUGCCAUCACUUUUUAGUACUACUCAGAAUCCUCCAUCCAUGGAAAGUGAUUUUCAAAGACAAUUCAACCAUGUUCAGAUCUUGAAUUCCUCAUCAACUAGUACUUUCAUCCCGUCUCUUCAUCUUCCAAUCAAUCCACCUUUUAGACGCAAUCAAACAAUGCCGUUUAUAAACUCCAAGCUUCUUGAUUCAGAUCAUAAUAACACCAGAAAUGGAUAG